AUGAGCCAGCAACACCCCUGGGGCGCCCCGAGACCAAACCAAAGCACACGCCUCACGCCCAUAUCCACGGCAAUUGCCCACGAGCAGCGCAUCACCAACACGCCCUCACCCAGCAACUCGCGGCCCGCCCAGUCGCCCGCCACAGCAAACUUCCCCUCGCUGCCGCCCGCGUCUUCAUCGCGCCUCGUCCGCAGCCGCAAGUCGUCGGCCGCCUCGUCGACGUCGUCGCCCUUCUCGCCCCAAGCAGGACAGCAGCUCCCCGCCAGCCAGCUGCUGUCCUCGAGAGGGUCCAGGACCAUAGCGCCCCAAGCUGCCUCGCACUUGGCUUCCUCCGCCGCAGCCGCUACCAACGGCCCAGGUGCACAGUCAAGUAGCGGCGGAGGAGCCUCCAAGCUUGUCCGCGCCUCGCCUUCACUCUCCACCUCGAGCACCACGGGCUCUCCCAGCACAGCCACCAACCCCUCUGGCCCCUCGUCCCAGAAUCUCUCUCGCAUUGUCAUCGCCCAGAUAUUUCUGCUGCUCAGUCAGUUUGGCCCUGUAAAGGACGACAAAGACCGCGUCAAGUGGGACACGCAAACCGAGCAGAUCAGGAAGCUGGUCGACUCAAACGGCAUGGAGGUCUUUUCAAAAUACUUCCGCCGCGUGCUGCAGAACAAUGCAGCCACCAUCUUCGGCACCGGCGCCCGCAACGCCGACAGCAACGGCAGCUACCAGAUCCUCCUCACCGAGGUGCACAAAAUACGGAAGGAGCCCGAGCAGGCAGACAAGAUUGCAGAAUCAAUAAGCUCCAGCGAGGGCGACUUGUUCCGCGACUUCGACCUGCAGGCCUUCAUAUCCCACUUCAAGCUCGACUCGGUCGCGAAGACGAUGCUAGCCCUCGCCUGCAGGAAGACAGAUCUCCGGACUAAAGCCGAUGCUGUACUGUCCACCGUAGGCGAUGACCUGCUAAUGGCCGUCGCGCAACCCACCCAGCCAGAGGACAUGAGCCACGAAUACCUCGCCGCCCUCGUCGAACGCUUACUGCAAAAUCCACCACAAGGCUGGGACGAAGAGAAAAAGAUGAGCCUAGCGUACGCCGUUCAGAUGCGAUACCAGCAGACACACCAACAGAUCCCCGGCAUCGUCGAAUCGAAGCUGAUACUCGUCGAGCUCACAGAUGGCUCACGGAAUCCUCUGGUCAAGCUGGUCAAACAGGCGGGUCCACAAGGCACAGCUACGGUGGAGGCAUGCAAAGAGGUGCUCGCUUCUGCCGAGACGCGCGACAUCAGCUACCAGCAAGUCGCCGCAGUGCUCCUCUAUCUCGCGCUCUCUACCGGAUACAACGCGAAGAACUUUGUUGCCGCACUACGCGAACACCGGACCGGGCAGCGGAUAGACUGGCAGGAUGUCGUGUUGGCUUUUGACCGGGACCACCUACGCAUCGAGAAGCACCAGUUCCUAGCUAUAUACAACGCGCUGCUCCCUGUUGCCCAAGACACGGAGAAGUUCGACAUACAAGCACUAUGGGGAGGACAAUGGCAGCACGACUUAACACAGUUAUACUUCGUAGUUGCUUUCCUGUCCUCCACACGGCAAGAGCUGGACGUGACACAGAUCCCUAGGUUACGCACCUCUUACUCGUUGAAGACGUUCGAGAACGCGUCCGACGACGCCAAGUCCUUCGCCGAGGAAGCAACCAAACACCCCUUUGUCUCGCUCGACGCGACAGCCGCGCUGUUCAACAUGAUCUUCCAGACAUCUGAGACCUAUCACACGGCACAGCUGAUGGGCAUACCCGAUUUGGUGAUCAAUCCACACACAGCGGAGUUCCUCGUAGCGGCAGCGGCAGUCCCAAAGCCUUGGGGUGCCUUGCAGGAACAGGCAUUGAAGCAAUUAUUUGAUCCGUACUUCCUCAAGAAGCUACCCAUCUACAACUUUGUCCUCUACGGCCUUUGGAAACAGGACUCCCAAUGGCUUACAGAUCGAUUUGUCGAUGCCUACAACGCCGACUCAAUGACCCUCAGUCUGGUACUCGAGCACGCGGAGACGAACAACUGGUUAGAGCAACUGAUUCGCAGUAAUACUGACAUCAGCUUGGAUUUGGCUGCACAAGCGCACGCGCGCGGCAAGUUCGAGCUUGGUACCUGGCUGGAGCAGACAUUCGAGCAGGCCGGGCCGCUAUUCCGUCGCAUCCUGACUAACUUUCUGAGUGCGCGGGCUGCAGAAGAGAUGCAACGAGCACGAGACGACCACCAACCUCUCAACUUACCGCUUGCUGUCAAGACAGUAUACCCACUGCUCUGGUUCCUUGCACAGUGUGGUCUCCCUGAGCCGGAACUGCUGCCCUUACAGCGGAACUGCAUACAGGCGUACCCGAGGUUGAUCAACUACGGCGAAGGCGUGGAUGACAUUAUCGACGCCAACGGCCAGAACGGAAACUCGCUUCCGGAAGAGGCAGAUAAGAAGAUGCAAGAGCAUUUCAAGAACAUGUACAGCGGUGACAGUGAUGUAAGAGACAUCAUCUCAGCACUCAAGAAGUACAAGGAGUCGCGUGAUCCCGCGGACCAAGAUUUGUUCGCAUGCAUGAUUCACGGCCUUUUCGAUGAGUACAACUGCUUCGGGGAAUAUCCUCUAGAAGCCUUAGCCACGACUGCUGUGCUUUUCGGAGGUAUCAUCAACUUCAACCUCUUGUCCCGAAUUGCACUUCAGGUUGCGCUGGCUAUGGUUCUAGAAGCUGUUCAGGAAUAUCGACCCGAGGACAGUAUGUACAAGUUCGGCCUCCAAGCUCUCAUACACUUCUCGAACCGACUGCACGAGUGGCCCAACUACUGCGACCAGCUCCUCAUUGUCCCUGGGCUCCAAGGAACUGAGAUUUUUGCUAAAGCUGAAGAAGUUGUAGGUCAGCAAGUCGGCGAAGUUAACGGCGAUGGUCACAACGGUGUGGGAUUGACAAACGGUAACGGUAUCGAUGAUGCUCUCCACCAGGAGCCGGCCAUACCCAAGUUCAGCUGCCUCUACGUCGACCCCCCACUCCGCCCAGAGCUGUACGAGGACCCCGACGAAGACGUUCAAGACAAAGUUCUGUUCGUAUUGAACAACGUCUCCGAGCGCAACUUGCGCGACAAGAUCAGCGAUCUCACCGAAGCCGUCGAAGAGAGACAUCACCAGUGGUUCGCAAACUAUCUUGUCGAGGAGCGCGCCAAAAUGCAGCCUAAUUUCCAGCAACUCUACCUCGACAUGCUCGACCUAUUCAACGAUAAGACACUCUGGGCUGAGGUGCUCCGUGAGACGUACGCGAGCGUCAUCCGUAUGCUGAAUACUGACUCCACGCUGGGUUCGACGGAGCGUGGCCAUCUUAAGAAUCUGGGUUCUUGGCUUGGUUCAUUGACUAUUGCCCGAGACCAGCCGAUCAAAUUCCGCAACAUCUCAUUCAAGGACUUAUUGCAUGAGGGUUACGAUACUGAUCGCCUUCUUCUUGUAAUUCCUUUCACCUGCAAGGUGCUUGUACAAGCUGCCAAGUCUUCCAUCUUCAGGCCCCCCAAUCCUUGGAUCAUGGAGAUGCUGGGAGUCCUUAUGGAACUUUACCACUUUGCAGACCUAAAGUUAAACCAGAAAUUCGAGAUCGAAGUUCUCUGCAAAGGCCUAGAGCUUGACCACAAGGAAAUUGAGCCCACAAACAGUAUCCGAGGACGACCCCCAACGGACGAAGAGUUCCUUGGAUCCAUGGUUCCUGAAGGAUUAGAAGCAUUCAGUGAUCUCUCGAUUAUGGGCCUGAACCGUGGCGCCCGAGGUCCGAACGAACGAUUCUCGUCAGCAGCAAUCACGGCAGCUCUGCCCGAUUUCACCAACCAGCUUCAGUACCCGCCGUCUGGAAACAGCGCGGUCCCUCCAGCGGCAUUGAAGAAGAUCUUCCUUACUGCUGUCAACCAAGCCAUCCAGGAGAUCAUCGCUCCGGUAGUAGAGCGCUCUGUGACUAUUGCCGCCAUCUCAACAUCGCAGUUGAUUAACAAGGACUUUGCUAUGGAACCCGACGAGGAGAAGCUUCGCAACGCAGCACACACUGUUGUCAAGGCUCUUUCUGGUGCUUUGGCCCUUGUUACUUGCAAGGAGCCAUUACGCAUGAGUAUUCAAAACCACAUCCGUGUAACAGCUAGAGACCUCCCCGACCAAGCGCUGCCAGAGGGACAUAUCAUCAUGUUUGUGAACGAUAAUCUUGACCUCGUCUGCAACACGGUUGAGCAGGCCGCUGAAAUGUCGUCUCUUGCGGAGAUUGACAUGCAGAUCGAGGAGGCAGUCCGCAUUCGCAGAAUGUUCCGCAGCUCUCGUCCGAAUGAGCCAUUCAAGGAUGCAAACAUCAGCCCAUGGGCAUUCUAUAUCCCUGAACCAUACAAGCAGAUGCCUGGUGGUCUGAAUCGUGAGCAGCUGGCCAUCUACGAAGAUUUCGGUAGACAGUCACGAGGUGCUCCGCACGCGAAUAACACGUCCCAAGACGGUGGACGUCAGCUUCCAGACGUCCUCCAAGACCAGUUCGCAGCGGUACCGAACCUCCCAACUCCAGGUGCUGCACCAGCAGAGCCACGCCAACCAGCACAACAAGCGCGGCUACAGAGUCUUCAAGCCCCUCAUGCACCUUUGACACAACAACAACCAAAUGGCUACAUGGAGGCUCCAGGCUUGGAGCGUGGUCAACGUGGUGUUGAGGAUCUUUUGCUCGAACUGACUCGCGUUAUCAAGGAGGCGCCAGAGGAACGUAUCAGCGAACUUCAGCCUGGUAGCAGCAAUGUUCACCAGGUUUUCGACCAGCUCAUCACAAGUGUUGAGUACGCGGGCCCUAACAAGGAAACCUGGGCUUUCCGCAUCGCAGGUCAAGUCACUAACCAUCUCUUUUCCGACUCAUUGAGCCGCUUGGAGGUCGAGGUGAUGGCGCAUCUGCUAAGUCAUCUCUGCCAAUUGUCUGUCCAGACUUCGCGGCAGGUACUUAUGUGGUUGGCGACUCUACACGACGAUGACAGGAUUUUCAAGUCCACAGUCAUGGUCGCUUUGAUGGAAGUUAGCCUGAUGGAUAUGCACCGCCUGAACACGACUAUCGCCAAGGCCAUUCAAGAACGACGUGUCGCCGCAGUAGAGAUGCUGUCUAGCUUGAUGGAGGAGCUCCUACUUAACGAACAUCCGAGUGCGUUCCGUGCCGACUUCGCCAUGUCCAUCGAUGCUCUUACCACAUGGCUAGCAGAGGACCCAUCCUUCGAGCUCGGGAAGCGUGUGCUCGGCAACCUACAGGUACCAUCCAACGAGCCGAUGCUUACACCACCAGGAUCCGGAUACAAGGACCAACUCGAAUAUGUCUUCGACGAGUGGGUGCAUCUCCAAAUGGAAAGCAUGCCAAAGAAGACAGUUGGCGCAUUUAUCUACCAGCUCCACCAGCAGAAGGUGAUGGAAACUCAAGAAUCAUCAGUUGCAUUCAUUCGCACCUGCAUCGACUCUUCAGUAGCCGCAUACGAACAGGAACAUUCCGCACCGUUUGGCAACGGUAACGAAGACAUUGCAACCGUCAAGAUCGAUGCACUUGGCCGACUAGUGGUGGACCUUGUCGUUUACCAAGGCGAGCAAGACGGAGCUGUCAAGGAAAGUAAGGCUAGGUAUCUGGAUCAGAUACUAGUCGUUGUCGUACUCGUCCUCUGCAACCAUCACAGCACACGAGGCGAUGCCUUCAACCAGAAGGUCUUCUUCAGGUUGUUCUCUGCCAUCCUUUUCCACCUGAACGAUGCGGUAAAGGAAGAGGCUCUAGCUGACCAGAAGGCUGACGUCUUCCAUGCUGUAGCCAGGGCUUUGUUGGUUCUCCAACCCUCGCACCUCCAGCGAUUUACAUUCUCGUGGUUGGCACUAGUUGCUCACCGUAUCUUCGUACCUGCUAUGCUAGAAGAGGGCCAAGGAGACAAGCGAUGGGACGUCUACGCUCAGCUUAUCGAGACGCUCUUGAUCUUCACGGGCAAGCUCAUCAAGCCUACAGGAGAGACGGUUAUGGCUGAACAGUUCUACCGCGGUGUCCUGCGAGUUCUGUUAGUGAUACACCACGACUUCCCUGAGUUCCUGGUCGAGAACCACUUCCGGUUCUGCAACAGUAUUCCUAUGCACUGCACACAACUCCGCAAUCUCAUCGUCAGCGCCUACCCCUCCACCAUUCUCGAGAUGCCAGACCCGUUCACAGCUGGACUUAAGGCCGAUCGACUGGAGCAUGACCUUCAAGCACCGGUCAUCCGUGCCGACAUCGCGCAGGUGCUUUCAGAUGCAGGUAUCAAGGAUGCUAUAGACAAUCUCCUAAAGGGCUCAGAGUUGAAGAACAAGGACGUUGACAAGGUCUGCCAAGCAGUCUACUACGCAGAGGCUCAAUCAGCAGCGUUUGAGCUCGUCUCUACGACAGCGAACCCAACGCUGAUACAUGCAAUUACUCUGUACAUUGGCAUCGCGACUCUAGGGACCGGGCCCGCUAGCGUUCCGAUCUUUGAUGCAGAGAGCCCAGCUACCAAGGUUGUUGAGAGGCUUGUCAAAGACUUCCACCCGGAGGCCAGGUUCCACUUCAUCAGCGCCAUCGCGAACCAGCUCCGCUUCCCAAACACGCAUACUCAUUUCUACAGCUACACGCUGCUCCACCUCUUCGGACCCCCUAACGACGAUUCGCUCGCAUUGGAGAUCCAAGAGACCAUUACCCGCGUGUUAUUAGAGCGCCUGCUAGUCCACCGCCCACAUCCCUGGGGACUCAUUAUCACGUUGUUGGAGAUCUUGAAGAACCCAACCUACACGUUCUGGGACUUGCCGUUUGUCAAAGCAGCUCCUGAAGUUGAGCGGUUGCUUAAUGCACUGUUUACGCAUGCGCAGGCGAGUCCGCGUCCGCUGGCUUAG